GUUGACUGUUUAAUUUAAGGUCCAAAACUUGAGAAUGGAUCAGAAGACAAUGUGAUUGUUGAUACUGUGAUGAUGGAGAUUUCUGAGAGUGGAAUGAACCCAUCAGGCAAAUCUGAGCAGUUGAAGGUGGAUACAGAUGAGGAUUGUAUUGAAAACCUAAACAUUGAAAAAGAAGGCAGCCUAAAACAUAAUCUUGAUGUUCUUGAAGCUUUAGAAAACCAUCUCGGAAGAACUACACCUGCAGCCUCCGAAGAAAUUGCAUCAGUUGCAACUCCAUCUCUUGAGAAAACUAGUAUGGAAAUAACUGCCUUGAAUGUUGCACCUUCCAAUUUCGGGGAGGGAGACACAAUAGUUGAUGAAGAUCGUAAUCUGGGAUCCAUUGAAGUGCAAGUUUUCUCCACUGAAGUUGAGUCUCGCCAGGAAGAAGACAACAGUCCUGAUGAAUCGGUUCAAGUUUUUCACACAAAGGAAGCAAAUGAGGUUAAUCUUGAAGAAGAUGCAAAGGACCGUGAAACAAUUGAGUUAGAUAAAUCACCUCAAAAUUUGUCUUCUUUCGAAGAUACCCUUAAUGGGAAAGAUGAAAAUAAUGGGGGGCUUAUAAUGGCUGUUGACAAAAUAAAGAUCCUCCCUCCCCAUGGCAGCAAUGGUGAUGCAGAGUUCAGUUCCACAGCUGAUGAUGAUGUUGCCAUUGCCAUCUUGACUGUCUCCGACAUUGAAAAAGAAGGCAGACAUAAUCUUGAUGAAACUCCAAUUCCCGAGCUCGGGAAUACUACAGUCUCUGAAGAAAUUGCAUUUGCUGAUAGUACAAGUGCUAAUGAACAUAGGAAUCGGGAGUUUGACAUCGAAAGAGACAUAAAAGGAGUUGAAUAUGGUACAACAAUUACUCAUAAUCUGGGGUUUGUGGCAGAACAAAGUACUAAACCAGUUGUGGAAGUGCCAUUGCAAGAUCAUCUCUCAACUGAAAUCGGUAUGUCUCACCAGGAAGAACACAACAGUCCUGCUGAUUAUUCUGUUCAAGUUGUGCACACAAAGGGUAAUGACAGCGGACUUACAAUGGCUAAGGUUCGUCCUAAUGAGAACAACACUGCAGACAACUUGAAGAUGAUUCCUCAAUCUGAUUCUAUGAACCAGAUUGAGAAAGUUGUUUAUAAGAAGCAGGAUGAUAUAUUACUUGGUGGAAAGCAUGAUGAAAUGGAGAUGAUAUCACAAAUCCCUGUAGAAAUUGUGGUGGAUAAGCAUUUGUCUGAAGAACCAAAGCUACCCAGAGAUGAUGAUGAUGAAGAAACAGAGAUGAUUUCACAGAUUCAUUCAGAAGUGGUGGUGGAUAAGCGAAUGUCUGAAGAUUCAAUAUCGAAUAAUAAUGGAAAUAGUGUUGUUAAUGGUGCUUCUAGCGCCAUCAACGAGUUCUUGAGCAACGUGGAAAGCCAAAACAACCACCUUCUUCUUGCUAAACAACAACAAUUUGAUGGGUCAAGUAGCCAAGGAGAAGACAGCGUGGAAGGAAUUUGGGGUUCCAUUUCAGUGCUUUCAACUCAGUCAGACCCACAUCAGUGUCUCAAUACAACAGUGCCAUUACAACCAGAUACAACAGCCAAGUCGGUUAAUCCAUUCGACGAACCCCCUUCGUUUAUGACACUAGUUGAAGACCACCCUCUGAAGGACAAACAACAACAGAUAGUGCAGAAAACUGAAGAGCCAAAGUCCCAAUUAGUUUUACAAGCUGCUGCAUUUCCUUCUAUAACCAAUACUAACAUCACCAAAGAAUCGGCUGGAAGAAAGAAGAACGAAGAGAUCAUCACAAAAAUAGCAAACUGGGGUAUGGACAAACAACACACUCCACUCAAAAGCCUUCUUCUUUCAGAAACCAAUCUGAACUCUUCACCAAACUGGAUGAAACAACAACAACAAACUGAAGAGGAAAACUCUUCCUCCUUGAAGAAGAAGAGUGACAAUCCUCCUCCUCCUCCUCCGGCUGGAAAAGGGUGGAAUUCUCCAGCAAGAUAUCCCAACACAGAUGCUGAUGAAGAAACUAAGAAAGAGAAGAGAAAAAAAGGAAAAGGAAGACCAAACUGGAUACAGUGUGUUUGCUGUUCAUCUGUUCAUUAGCCUUUAUUAGUAGUAGUACUGGAAGAACACCUCUCACUCAUCUGCAUAUUACUUGUGUGUAAUUAGAGUUAUGAUCUUUGAUUGAAUUGAACUGAACAAGUUGCAGGUCUUUA